GAGGGGAGGCGGUGCUGCGCCUGCGCGGGGAGGAUUCCAGGGUCUGGGACGCGGCGCACUGAUCUAAGUGACUGGAGGCAAGAUGCAGGACCCCAAUGCAGACACCGAGUGGAAUGACAUCUUACGCAAGAAGGGCAUCCUGCCCCCGAAGGAGAGCCUGAAGGAACUGGAAAAGGAAGAAGCAGAAAAGGAGGAACAGCGACUGCUUCAGCAGUCAGUAGUGAAAACAUACGAAGACAUGACUUUGGAAGAGCUAGAGGAGAAUGAGGAUGAGUUCAAUGAGGAGGACGAACGUGCCAUCGAGAUGUACCGGCAGCAAAGGCUGGCUGAGUGGAAAGCGACUCAGCUGAAGAACAAAUUUGGAGAAGUUUUAGAGAUCUCAGGAAAGGACUAUGUUCAGGAAGUCACCAGAGCCGGCGAGGGCUUGUGGGUGAUCUUACACCUGUACAAGCAAGGGAUUCCCCUCUGUUCCCUGAUAAACCAGCACUUAAGUGGACUGGCCAGGAAGUUUCCCGAUGUGAAAUUUAUCAAAGCCAUCUCAACGACCUGCAUCCCCAAUUACCCCGAUAGGAAUCUGCCCACGGUAUUCGUCUAUCUGGAAGGUGACAUCAAGGCCCAGUUCAUUGGCCCUCUGGUGUUCGGCGGCAUGAACCUGACGAGAGAUGAGUUGGAGUGGAAACUGUCGGAGUCAGGAGCAAUCAAGACAGACCUGGAGGAGAACCCCAAGAAGCCGGUCGAGGAUGUCUUGCUGUCCUCGGUGCGAGGCUCUGUCCCCAUGAGAAGGGACAGUGAUUCUGAGGGUGACUAAGAUAACAGCCACUGUACCUUUUUGAACUUUCUUGAUAGGACGUAUUGUCUGGAUGUUUAAUAAGGAGGAAAAAGCAAAAAUUUAUCGUAUUUUGGUUUUUAACCUUUUUAUAAUUAUUUAAAUUUUAUACAUUCAGAAAUCAUCAUUGCUGGAAAUUUUAUUAAAUUCCUUGAAACUCUUUUUAAAUUAAUAAUGUUUCUUUAAGAAAAAUUUAAACAAGCUUUAUGCCAAAUAUCUGUUUUCCUACAUAUAUUUCAGCAAACCAUGAAACUGUUUAGUAUUUUUUGACAUGCAACUGUGUAGAAAAGAAUGUGGAGUUUUUUUGUUUGUUUGUUAAUAAUGUGAAUAAAUUAACUGUUUAAAAAAUAAUUGCAAAAAAUGAGCUUUAUAGUUAGACUAUUUUAUUUUCAUUUUAUAAAGCUAGCAAAAGAACUAUCAGCUAAAUAUAUAUAUAGGAAUAAUCUUCAAAUGGGGGAAAAUCUUAAUGUGUGUCCUAUCUGAAGAAAUGGCUGAUAAUAUUUUUUGAGACAAAUGCUGUUUUUAUCAAAUUAGCUGACAGAUGUCAACUAACUGCCAUGUCUAUUUUCAGUGAAGUCUUUGAGUUAAGCUAAUGCGUUAAGAUGCCAGCUAUUCUUUGUGGUGGUGGCAUGCACCUUAAUCCCAGUACUGAGGGGCUGGAGC